ACAAAGUGAGAGGUCAGAGAGCAAUCCUUGAAACCCUGAGGGUCAUGCUAGGGCGGGGUAGAGCUGAAUUUCUCGAAGGGGGUCCUGCUCUAGAGGAAGCCAAGGCUGACAUACCGAUCCCUCUGUUCCCCUCUGUCAGCUCUAUGUCUUCCCCCAACCCUGAGGAUGUGCCCCAGAGGCCAGAGCCUGAGCCUUCAAGCUCCAAUAAGACAAAGAAGAAAAGAAAGUGGCUGCGGCAAGAAGCCAGCAUCCAAGCCCUCACCAGGGCUGGCCACGGGGCCCUUCAGGCUGGCCGGAACCAUGAAGCCUUGAACAACUUCCAGAGGGCCUUCCUUCUGGCCUCCAAGACCCCACAAACCGGGGACACCCUGGUGCUCCGGGCCUGCGCCUUCAACCUGGGGGCUGCCUAUGUGGAGACUGGGGACCCAGCCAGAGGCCUUGAGCUGCUCCUGCAAGCCCACCCUGAAGAGAAGGCACAGGGCAGGCGUCAUGGAGACCAGUGUUUCAAUGUGGCUUUGGCCUACCAUGCCCUUGGCGAGCUGCCUCAAGCUUUGGCCUGGUACCACAGGGCCCUGGGCCACUACCAGCCACAGGGUGACCAGGGAGAAGCCUGGGCAAAAAUGGGAGCCUGCUACCAGGCUCUGGGACAGCCUGAGCUAGCAGCCCACUGCCUGCAGGAAGCAAGCCGGGCCUAUGUCCAAGAGAGGCAGCUGCAGGCCGCAGCCCUGGCACUGGGGGCUGCGGCAGGAUGUAUGCUGAAGAGUGGGCGGCAUCGGGUAGGGGAAGUUGUACAGGUGCUGGAGAAAAGCCGGAGGCUUGCUGAGAGGAGCACUGAGAGGGGGCUGCUGGGGCACCUCUAUAAUGAUCUAGGCCUGGGCUACUGCCAGCUCCGGCUGUUUCCGCUGGCUGUGGAGGCCUUCCUGCAGGCCCUUCCUCUGUGCUGGGUGCCAGGAGAGCAGGCCACAGUGCUAAGAAACCUCGGGAUGGCCCACAACGCCCUUGGCAACUAUCAGGAAGCUCAGGAGUUUCACCAGAAGGCUGCUGACCUGCACGGCUCCGUGGGGCAGCGGUGGGAGCAGGGCCGGAGCUUUGGCAGCCUGGCCUUUGCAUUGAGCCAGCUGGGGGACCACAAGGCUGCCAGAGACAACUACCUGCAUGCCCUGCAGGCUGCCCGCGACUCUGGGGACAUGAAGGGACAGUGGCAGGCCUGUGAGGGUCUGGGGGCUGCUGCAGCCAGGCUGGGGCAGUAUGACCAGGCCUUGAAGUACUAUAAGGAAGCACUGGCCCAGUGUCAGGAGCCAGAUUCUGUGCGAGAACGGCUGGUGGCGAAGCUGGCAGACACCGUGAGGACGCACUUGGCCCAGACCUCGGCUCUGGGAAGACUCCAGGCUCCAGGUGGGGCCAGCCAGGUGGAGGGGACCCCAGCAAAGGCAGGAAGCAGUGCAGCAGGUGCCCAGCACAGAUCUUCCAGUGGGUGGGAAGAUGAAGAGUUUGAGGAGGGCCACCAGGAGAAAAAAGAGGAGAGGUCGGCAAACGUUCCCAUGAGGCCUGGGCCGGGGAGACUGGAGCUGUGUUUCCUUCCAGGCACAGUGAAUCAUUCCCACCAUCUAGCUUCUGGUUGCCCCAUGUUUACCAAGCACUCGCCCUGCAGAGGGACAGUCCUCGGCAAAGCCUCCGUGUAUAGUCCAGGACCCAGGGCCCAUUUUCCAUUUGUAGGUCGAGGCCCUCCCAGAGCGGAGUACCCUAGCAUCCUGGUACUCAAUGGCCCUCAAGUCAAUAGGUGGGUCCUUGGGGGAGAGCAGGAGGCCUGGAGAAUAGCAAAGAAAGUAGAAUAUGUGGCUUGGGAUGAUAUUAAUGGAACACGACUGCUGUUGAAGUUAGGGGAAGCUGGGAUCUCAUGCUUGGGAUAUAGGGCCCCGAGCUCCCCUUUGUCUUUGCCCUUUAGCAAUGUGAACAACCCUCACCCAGCUCUGGAAGCCCGGGGUAUGCCCUGCUUCCUGAAUGGCCUGAUGGUAGGCCUCAGUGAAAGACAGGGUGCGAAGGAUGGGGGGAUAUGAAGCUUAAGCCAACUCCCUCCUUCUCUGGAGCCCACCAGCAGAGGUAACGGCCAAAUAGGGCAAAGGAAGCCGAAGCCAGGGCAGGCUGCCUCCUGCUGUCUCCCCAGUCACCCCCACUGGCAAGCCCC